UUCGCUAACUAUAUACCCAUAGCUCCGCUUCAGGCCUAGCACCUACAUGUAGUUUAUAGUCGUACUGAAGUUGCUGACGUCACAGACUCGAGUAUAAUACUACCAGAAGACUAAUCCCGCGGAAUUAUAUAGUCUUAAUAAACAACACCUACCUAAUUCUACAAUGGCAAACCCCGACCAAGAAACGUAAUUCGGCAUAGAUAUACCUCACUAAAAGCUGACUAAAACUAUUUGUAAGAAUAAUUGUAUUAAAGCUCCGUCAUCGGUAAUAUAGAUCAUAUAAAAGGAAGAUGGAAGCCCGGACCUAUAUAUGAUAUCGUAUUCAAGAUAACAGGGUAUAGGUUUGGAACACAACAAUAACUCGCAAUCAUGUCGUCUACACCAGCAGCAACUGCAGAAGAUAUUGCCAAGCACGGUUGGACCGCCGUUCCGGUCGACGGCAAUGCCAUUCUUAACGGAAAGCCAUAUCUCAAUAAGCCAUCCCCCCUAACUGCGAAGGAUGUCCCUUUUCCCUCGGACGACCCCGUCGUCGUCAAAGUUCAGGAAUAUGCCAAGAAGCACCUCAUAGAGCAGACAUACAACCACUCCAUGCGAGUAUAUCACUGGGGAUAUUCCAUCCUCAAAGACCAAUUCCCGGCCGAGUUCAACCGGCUCUCACUCUCAACAUGGGCAUUAACAUGUCUCCUCCACGACAUCGGUACCACACUUGAGAACCUACGCGCCACGCUCCUAUCCUUCGAAUUCUACGGGGGUAUUCUAGCGCUCAAUUUGAUCAAGGAGCUCGGUGCGCCGGUAGCACAAGCUGAAGCUGUGGCCGAGGCUAUUAUUCGACACCAGGAUUUGGGAAACGUGGGGAAGAUCACGUUUCUUGGGCAAGUUAUUCAGCUUGCUACUAUUUACGAUAAUAUGGGCAUUAACCCUCAGAUAAUUGAUUCGGUUACCCGCGAGGAUGUGAAUAAAGCGUACCCCAGGAAGGGGUGGAGCGGAUGCUUUGCUAAGACGAUUAGAGAGGAGAAUGGUCUUAAGCCCUGGGCGCAUACUACGCAUCUUGGUGAAGAGGAGUUUCCCGGGGGCGUGGAGAGCAAUGAACUUAUGAAACCAUAUGAUGGGUGGGGAUUGUAAUGGUAGACGGGUAUGGCAAAAUGGUUGGGGAGGCGUUGGGAAAUUGGCGAAAUUCUUCUUAUUCCAGUUUUCCCGCUCUCCUGUAAACAUCCUUUUGGAAAGCAUUUAUCAAGCUCC